AUGGCCGCAUCAAUGGCGCCCUGUGUUUCGUGUUGUAGUCUGCCGGGGAAGAUGAGGACCCUUUCUCUGUCUAGCGCCCCCAGUAAGGCGCUCGGCUUUUCAUCUACUUUCUCGACCAAUCUGUUCUCUACAGGUUUGGUCUCUGUGCGCCCAGUGGAGAUGCUCCCAAAACGGAGCUCAAUUGUGUGCGAAGCCACGCAGAAGAAACCAGACUCGGCUGCGAAGAGGGCUCGCCAAGCCGAGAAGAGGCGGCUUUACAACAAGUCCCGGAAAUCCGAAAUCAAGACCCGUAUGAAGAAGGUUCUCGUAGCUUUAGAAGUUCUAAGAAAAAAGCCCGAAGCCCAACCUGAGGAGGUUCUUCCGAUUGAAAAGUUGAUAGGCGAAGCAUAUUCAUGUAUUGAUAAAGCUGUCAAGGUCGGUACCCUUCACAGGAACACGGGUGCAAGAAGAAAGUCCCGCCUGGCCAGAAGAAAGAAAGCAGUCGAGAUCAAACUUGGCUGGUACACACCCGAGGCUACAGCCCCCACGGCAUAG